CAGGGGAAGAGUGGUAGUAGGAAGAAGAGAGGAAGGUCGAUGAAGACUAGCGAAGAAGUGGAGAGCCAGAGGAUGACACAUAUUGCUGUUGAGAGGAAUAGGAGGCGGCAGAUGAACGAGCAUUUGCGCGUUCUCCGGGCCCUCAUGCCUAGUUCUUAUGUCCAGAGGGGAGACCAAGCUUCCAUUAUCGGCGGCGCAAUAGAAUUUGUGAGGGAGUUAGAGCAACUCCUCCAGUGUUUGGAAUCUCAGAAGCGCCGCCGCCUCUAUGGGGGGCGCCGUCGAAGCCUCCCUACCACUUCCCAUGCCGCCGCCGCCACCACCGCCGCUUCCCCUGCCGCCCUUCUUCCCACAGCUCCCUCUGGCGGCAUCGAUGCAGCCGACGACGAUGGGGUCAUCGGGCUCCAUGAAGAGAUGGCUGAGAGCAAGACGCCGUUGGCCGACAUCGAAGUGAGGCUGCUGGGCCUGGACGCCAUGAUCAAAAUUCUCUCACGGCGGAGGCCCGGCCAGCUUCUCAAGACCAUAGCUGCUUUGGAGGACAUGCAGCUCAGCAUUCUUCAUACUAAUAUUACAACAAUUGAGCAGACUGUUCUAUAUUCCUUCAAUGUCAAGAUCACAGCAGAGACGAAUUCAAGUGCACAGGAGAUCGCCAACUCAGUUCAGCAAAUACUUGGCUUCAUAGACGGCAGCAGAGACCAAUACUGAUACCCAUCCCCAAUACCAGCAUACCUUCCCAUUUUAGACAAAAUUUCAAUAUUUUACAAAAUAUAUUAUGUUAAAUAAAUGAUGGUGGUAUAAAUUUAAAGGAACAUAAAUACAACUAUUGUGAGAAUCAGCACUAUCUCU